AUGGCGAAAACGACGACCACGACGCUGCAGCCAGCAUCCGUCUCCUCCGAGCCCCCUCGCCCUCGAAAACGCGCCCGCCGCGACGCCUCCCCAUCCGCCCCUUCCCCUACCUCUACCUCCACCCACUCCCCCACCCCCCGCCUCUUUUCUCCCUUCCGCGCCCUUGGCAUCAUCACCAACCACGUCCCCUUCGCCCUCCAGGCCCGCUCCCACAAGGGCGCCGUCGACGGCCCCCGCGUGCACCUCCUCACCUCCGUCGGCCGCUCCUACGCCCUGUGGGAGGCCAACAAGAUGACGCUGCUGUUCGUCGGCACGCCCGCGCCCCAGCCGAUCGCCGCCCUCGCGAUGGACGGGGACGCGGUCUGGGCGGCCGCGGGCGCACACCUCAUAAAGUACCUCCGCGGCAAGGAGGUGCUGAGGGCGGGGAAUCCGCACGCCCGGCCCCUCGCCACCGCGACCAUAUUCGGCAAUCAGAUUCUUGCCCUCGAGGAGGGAGGCGGGCGCCUGCUGCUGUUCAGCACGGCGGACGGCGAGCUGGUGCGCGACAUCGCGUUCGCGGCCGGCUUCACCGCGACCCGGCUCCUCCACCCCGCGACCUACCUCAACAAGGUGCUCGUCGCGUCUGCGGAGGGCGGCAUGGAAUUGUGGAACAUCAGGGACGGCGCGCGGAUAUAUGCGUUUGAUGCGCGGGGGCUGAGCCCGGGAUCGGGGGCGAGUGCGGUGACGGCGCUGGUGCAGGCGCCCGCGGUGGAUGUCGUCGGCAUCGGCUUUGCGGACGGGGGCAUCGCGGUGCACGAUGUGCGCGCGGAUGAGCGGCUGCUGUCCUUCGACAUGGGGCUGGGCUCCAAUAUGGGAUUGAGCUCCAGCGUGGACGGCAGCACCUCUUCUAGCUCUUCCCCCAUCCGCGCCCUCGCCUUCCGCACCGACGGCGCGCCCAUCCUCGCGUCCGCCGACGCCUCGGGUGCACUGGCGAUCUGGGACCUCAAUGCCCCGGCCAAACUCCUCCACCUCGUCCACGGCGCGCACGACGCGGGGGUCACUGCACUCGAGUGGGUGCCCGGGCAGCCGCUGCUGAUUAGCGCGGGGGAGGAUAAUUCGGUGAAGCAAUGGCUCUUCGACUUACCCACCGCCGCCCCGCGGCUCCUCAAAUCGCGCACGGGCCACCGCGCGCCGCCCACGCUCGUCCGCUUCUACGGCGCGGACGGGAAGCAGGUGCUCACCGCGGGCCCGGAUCGGGCGCUCCGGCUGACGAGCUUGGUGAGGGAGAGCCGGGGGUGCGAGAUGUCGCAGGGGCGGGGGACGAUGGGGCCCAACCCGCCCACCCCCAAACCCAAGCUCGCCCCGAUCACCGCCCUCGCCUCCAGCACCGCGCACGCGAAGGACUGGGACGACGUCGUCACGGCGCACGCGGGCGACCGCUUCGCGCGCACGUGGAGCACGCAGAACAAGCGGCUGGGCAAGUACGCGCUGGAGGGGGAGGGGGUGGUUAAGGCCACCGCCCUCACCGCUUGCGGCACCUUCGCACUGGCCGGCGGCGCGGGCGGCGUCGUCCGUAUGUGGAACGCGCAGUCCGGCGUGCUGAGGAGGGUGUUCAAGGUGGGAGACCUCGGCACGAAGGGAGAGACUAGUACAGCAGCAAGCGCUACACGCUAUCGCAAACAAUCCGACCGCACGAUCACCGGCAUCGCGACGGACGCCCUGAACACGGUGCUGGUAGCGAGCACGCUGGAUGGGACGAUCAAUUUCUUCGACUUCCACACCGUGGACCUCCUGCACACGCUCACCAUCGCGCCGCUGUCUGCGUCUGCUACCUCUGGCGCCUCUCACCCCUCCGCCGGGCUGCUCGCCGUACCCUGCGACGACCUCGCCGUGCGCGUCGUGGACCUCGAGACGCGCGCGGUCGUGCGUGUGCUGAGGGGCUUUGGGGGGAGGAUCAUGGAUGUGACCUUCUCCCCCGACGCCCGCUGGCUUGUCGCGGCCUCCCUCGACGCGGCGAUACGCACUUUCGACGUACCCUCGGGCCGCCUGAUCGACGUCUUCCGAUGUCUCCAAAGCGGCACCCCAAGCACGCCGACGAGCGUCGCCUUCUCCCCCGCGGGCGACUUUCUGGCGACGACGCAUGUGGAUAGUGUGGGCGUGUUUUUGUGGGUCAACCGCGCGCAGUUCACCGACGUCUCCUUGCACGGCGUCGCCGACAGCGCCGGCGCGGCAGUCGUCCUGCCUGGCAUGCAAGGCGAUGCGGAAGAGGAGGCCCUCGACGCUUUAUCUGCUUUGACUGUUCAGGACCCCAUCGCCGAGCUGCCACCCACGGCGACGCCUCCACAACUCUCGGGCGAUCUUGUCACGCUGACACUCCUUCCGCGCGCGCGGUGGAUGACGCUGUUGAACCUGGAUGUGAUCCAGCUGCGCAACAAGCCCAAAGAGCCGCCCAAGGCGCCCGAAAAGGCUCCCUUCUUCCUGCCUACUGUGCCGGGCGUGAACCCCACGUUCGAUUUGACCGCUGCGGCGGCCAACACCAGCACCGGCGAAGACAGCGAAGCCGCGAAGAAAUCGCGCCGCCUCGACUCGCUGGAGAACGGCUUCGUGCGAGCCUUGACAGAAGAGGGGCCGGAUGGGAGCUACGACGCCCUCUUCACCCUCAUCAAGACCCUCUCCCCACCCGCCCUCGACGCCGAGCUGCGCUCCAUGACCGCGCCCGCCCACCAGGCCCGCCUCCUCCGCGCGCUCACCCAGAGGCUGCGCGCGCGCCGCGACUUCGAGGCCGUGCAGGCGGUGAUGGGUGUCGUGUUGAAGAUCUGGGGCGAGAGUCUGGUGGGCUCGGCGACGCCGGCGGACGCGCUGGCAGAGCUGAGGGAGGUGCAGGCGAAGGAGAGCGAGCGGGUGCUGGGAUUAGUGGCGGCGUCGUUGGGGACGUUGGGCUUCAUUAGGGAGACGUUAUGA